AUGAUGUCGAGUCUACUCCCAGACGAGCGAACGGCACGCGUGCUGGUGGAUGCCUUUUUCGUCAAUACCCACGGCUUGUUGCAGGUCUUCCGACGUGACUCCUUUCUUGAGAAACUAGAGCGUUGCUACUCCGAUCCGCUAUCUGUCGAUACGUCUUGGUCAUGCUUGCUCAACCUUGUUUUCGCCAUCGGCCUCACCAUGGCGACACCACUCUCAGGAAGCCCUGAGGCGCUGAUAAUCGACAAGCUUCGCAGUUUGGAGGAUCAGGAUUUCUGGUCUGUCCAAGCGCUGCUUCUUAUGUCAUAUUACAUGUUGGCCAAAAGCAAGCGAAACACUGCUUUUGCCUUGCUUGGGAUGGCAGUACGGUCUGCGCUUGCGCUGGGCCUCCACAGAGAAGAGACCAUGGUCAUCUUCAGCCCCGAAGAACAAACACAGCGAAAGGAUCUAUGGCGGUCGAUCUUCGUGAUGGAUCGCUUGUUAUCUUGCUCUCUUGGCCGUCCAACCGCCAUAUCGGAAGACGACUGCUCGGGAGAUACACUCCGCCCGCCUGACAGUAGUGUUCGCAACCAGUCAUGGAGCUUCAGCGCAAAGACUGUUUACGACUUCAACGAGACUGGCCCACCUGCUCUGGAAGCCACUGUUCGAAGCUGCAGAGUCAUCGGCGUCAUUUUGCGGAGGGUGUACCAGCAACGCAAAAUCAGCACUCGUCUCGCCCAAGAGAUAUCGGACAUAUGCAAGACAUGGCCCCGGUUGCUGACGCCCAUCUUGCAAUGGCGACAAGCAGCAACUGCCUCGCCCAGUCAAGGCGUGGCCAUCUUGCACGUCAACUUAUUCUACUGCCAUUCCGUCAUCCUUCUUACUCGACCCUUCUUACUGUACAUACUUAACAAAGAGACUCAACGGCAUGUCGAACAACCUGGGUCGAGAGGACCACGUCCUUUCCACCGCAUGGAGCGAUUCAGCGAGGCGUGUGUCAUCGCUUCUGUGCAUACCAUUCUGCUCAUACAGAACGCCUACGAGGCUGGUUAUCUGUCCCGACGCAAUCCAGCUGUCAUCUAUUUCCUCUUCGCAGCAACUCUUGUCAUCCUUGCCAGCGACUUCGCCGGCUUAUACCAGAUUGAGCUAACGGACAACUGCGUUGUCAAUGCUAUUAACGUCAUGAACUACUGCGCUGAGAGCGAUCAACAAGCAAGCCGUCUAGUAUACAUCCUGAGCUCUUUCCGAGACGUCGUCGCACAACAACGACUACGCAGGCGACAGGAUUCAACAAGUAAUGCGACACUACCCAGCAUCGCAUCACAACUCUACGGCAGGCAGAUGCCGCAGCAACAACGUAACUCUGCGCCUCAGGCACCCGAUCUAGCGCGCGCAUCAAACCCGAUGGAUGCGACUCCACGACUCCACCAAGUGCCCGUACACAUCUAUCCUGGCAUGCAGACAGCGCCAAUCAACGAACUGGUAUUGACGUAUCAAGCCUCUGAGCAACACCAUGUUCUCGGUCAGAACCAACACCAUGGCAACCUUCAGCACAGCCCAGCUCCCACAGGAGAAGACUUUAGUGUCCAUCUGUCCCCUAUCCAAGAGCCCCCGCCGGUAGACAUGGCCACGCCAUCGUAUACAUCGGCCUCGAGAGCGCCCUCACUAUCAGCCAUGCUCGAUCUAUCUGCUUUGGAAGCAACGCGUGUGCCCAGUCUGCAUUCCGAGGAAAGCGGACAGGAUGAGCAGAUUGACUUUGACGCGCUGUGGGCCUGGCCUAGUAACACACCUGCAAUGGGCAGUCCACGAGCUAUGGAGGCAAGCGGGGUGAGCGAGCGGGUGCAGGGUAUUAGUGAUAGUGCUGUACCCAUGUUUGGGGUUAGUAGACAGGGCACAGAUGGCCUUUGA